AUGCAGGACAUAAGGAAUCAGAUAAGUCAAAUGGCUACAACAAUCAACCGUUUGGAUUCCCAGAACCAAGGUAAAUUGCCAUCUCAGCCUGAAUUAAAUCCGAAGAACGUGAGCGCAAUGACCCUAAGGAGCGGGAAGGAAAUUCAGGGGCCUGAAUCUGUGAUCUCUAAGGACAAGGAUGAGAAAAAGAUUGAAAAUGAGCUUGAGAGGGAGGACAGCAAUGGUGCAGAUCCAAAGGUACUUCCAAACCCAAUAAUUACAGUUAAAACUAACCUACCUCCUUUUCCUAGCAGGUUGGAAAAAUCGAAAAAACAGGAUAAGAAGAAGGAGAUUUUGGAGGUAUUUCGCAAGGUGGAGAUAAAUAUCCCCCUCUUAGACGCCAUCAAACAAGUACCAAAAUAUGCCAAGUUCUUAAGGGACUUGUGUGUCAACCGAAGGCGAUUCAGGAGAGAUGAAAGGAUCAUUGUUGGGGAGAAUGUGUCAGCGGUCCUGCAGAGGAAGCUUCCACCCAAGUGCGGGGACCCAAGUAUGUUUACUAUUCCCUGUAGAAUAGGCAACACUGUGAUUAGAAGGGCCAUGUUGGAUCUAGAAGCAUCAAUUAAUGUCAUGCCUAAAUCUAUCUAUGCUUCUCUAAAACUAGAUCCAUUAAAAGAAACUGGAAUAAUCAUUCAAUUGGCUGACCGAACUAAUGCAUACCCUGAUGGGUUGGUUGAAGAUGUGUUGGUAAAAGUUAAUGAUUUGGUGUUUCCAAUUGAUUUUUAUGUACUUGAUAUGGAUGAUGAUCACUCCCCUGAUCCCUCACCUUUGUUAUUGGGUAGACCCUUUAUGAGCACAGCACAAACAAAAAUUGAUGAAAUGUUUGAAACUGUUGGCAGGGAUGAAUUGAAAGUUGUUUUAACGAAGCAUCUCGAGUUGGAGACAACUCCUGAGGUGGAGUGGAGUGAAUAUUUAAAAUGCACGAUAGGAGCACUACACUCAUUGCCAACCUCCACAAAAAGGUACGACGUUUCACAUAUAUUCAUUCCCGAACCUCACCAGAGGGUAUUGCCAUCGGUGGUGCAGGCGCCUGUUUUGGAGUUGAAAUCCUUACCAGAGCACCUGAAGUAUGCAUAUUUGGGUGACAAUGAGACACUCCCGGUGAUUAUCUCAUCGGCACUGUCAAAAACCCAGGAGAAAAAACUGAUCCGGGUCCUUAGAGAGCAUAAAGAGGCGAUAGGUUGGACAAUCGCAGACAUUAAGGGGAUCAGCCCGGCCAUCUGUAUGCACCGGAUUAGACUGGAAGAGGAUGCUAAACUUGUUCGGCAGGCUCAAAGGAGGCUCAACCCCCUCAUGAUGGAAGUUGUAAAAAAGGAGAUUUUGAAAUUGUUAGAUGUGGGGAUUAUUUUUGCAAUAUCAGAUAGCCCUUGGGGCAUUGAAGUUGACAAGGCUAAAAUAGACAUUAUAUCGGCAUUACCUUACCCCGCAAAUGUGCGGGAGUGUGAAAAUGCCUUUAACAAGUUGAAAGAGUUACUGACCUCAUCCCCGAUCAUCCAACCCCCCGAUUGGGGUUUGCCAUUUGAGAUCAUGUGCGAUGCCAGUGAUCAUGCUGUAGGGGCUGUAUUGGGGCAGCGAGUAGGAAAGGCAACUCACAUCAUCUAUUAUGCAUCCCGCGCCCUGAAUGGGGCCCAGUUGAAUUACUCCACCACUGAGAAGGAGUUUCUUGCAGUUAUUUUUGCUUUAGAAAAAUUCAAGUCAUAUUUGUUAGGUACUAAAGUGAUUGUAUUUUUUGAUCAUGCAGCAUUGAGGUACCUGAUGACUAAGAAUCACAUCAUCUAUUAUGCAUCCCGCGCCCUGAAUGGGGCCCAGUUGAAUUACUCCACCACUGAGAAGGAGUUUCUUGCAGUUAUUUUUGCUUUAGAAAAAUUCAAGUCAUAUUUGUUAGGUACUAAAGUGAUUGUAUUUUUUGAUCAUGCAGCAUUGAGGUACCUGAUGACUAAGAAAGAUGCAAAAUCGAGGCUCAUACGGUGGAUAUUGCUCAUACAGAAAUUUGACCUGGAGAUAAGGGAUAAAAGAGGCUCAGAGAAUUUAGUAGCCGACCAUUUGAGUCGUAUAUCCGUUGGGGAGGAUAAUGAACCAUUGAAGGAUGCAUUCCCUGAGGAGCAUUUAUUUUCUUUAAAUUCUCAAAUGCCUUGGUAUGCCGAUCUGGUCAAUUAUUUGGCCAAGGCCACUCGGACUAAUGACUCGAAAGUAGUUGUAGAUUUUAUCAGGUCUAAUAUUUUUGUGCGAUUUGGAAUGCCAAGAGUUAUUGUCAGUGAUAGGGGAACGCAUUUCUGCAACAAAACCAUAACUGCGUUAUUUCGCAAGUAUGGUGUACUCCACAGGGUCUCAACGUUGUACCACCCCCAGACCAAUGGUCAAGCGGAGGUAUCGAAUAGGGAGAUUAAGUCCAUUUUGGAGAAAAUGGUGCGCUCCGAUAGGAAAAAUUGGAGUCAACGGUUGGAGGACGCGCUCUGGGCCUACCGCACUGCAUACAAGACUCCUAUAGGGAUGUCACCGUACAAGUUGGUGUUUGGGAAGCCGUGUCACCUUCCAGUGGAGUUCAAGCACAAAGCCUUUUGGGCGAUAAAGCAAUGCAACAUGAACUUAGAGGAAGCCGGUGCCCAACGAAAGUUGGAUUUGCAAGAAUUGGAGGAGAUCCGGAACGAAGCCUACGAAAAUGCAUUAAUUUAUAAGGAGAGAAGCCAGACAUUUCAUGAUCAACAAAUUUCAAGAAAAACCUUUGAAAUUGGUCAGAAGGUCCUCCUGUACCAAUCCAGACUCAAGUUAUUCCCAGUUGAAAUCCGGAGUGCUAAGACAGACAACAAGUUUGUGGUGAAUGGACACUGUCUCAAACAUUAUUACGAAGGUUUUUUGAGGGGAGAGGUGGAGACAAUAAGUCUAGACGCACCACCGUGUCCUAAUCAGUGA